AUGGAAGAACAAGAUAAAGACAUGGAUAAAAUGAGACAAGAUAUUAAUAAUCUUGGGGAACAAGUUUCAAAAAUACUGGAAUUGCUUUCAGCAGGAAAAGGAAAAGUCGUCGUAGAAACAGCACAAUCAAGUAAUCCGGUUCAAGACACCGAUGAUCCCAUUUAUCCCCCAGGAUUUACGCCACGCCACAUGAACGCUACACAGUCUCAAACCGCUCAACAUUAUGUUGCUAUGAAUCCACUUUUUGAUGUUCCACCUCCUGUCCCAGAUAUAGAACAAUUGGAAACUCAGGCUAAAAUUCAAGACAUGGGGCAAAAUGAAAACACUCCGGCUAAGCAAAAACUAGAUGUUUUGGAAGAAAGAUUGCGAGCAAUUGAAGGGACUGAUGUUUAUGGAAAUAUAGAUGCAACACAGUUGUGUUUAGUACCGGGUUUGAUCAUUCCAACAAAGUUUAAAGUUCCCGAAUUUGACAAAUAUGAUGGAUCAUCGUGUCCAAGGAGUCAUCUUAUAAUGUAUUGUAGAAAGAUGGCAGCGCAUAUUGGUAAUGACAAAUUGUUGAUCCAUUGCUUUCAGGACAGUUUGACUGGUCCAGCUACUCGAUGGUAUAUUCAAUUAGAUAAUGCACACAUUCAUGUUUGGAAGGAUUUAGCUGAUGCAUUUCUAAAGCAAUACAAACAUAAUAUUGAUAUGGCUCCAGAUCGUUUAGACUUACAACGGAUGGAGAAGAAAAGUUCAGAAAGCUUUAAAGAAUAUGCUCAACGAUGGAGAGAUAUAGCCGCAGAGGUUCAACCACCAUUAACAGACAAAGAAAUGACAUUUAUGUUUAUGAAUACUUUGCGGGCGCCGUUCUAUGAUCGAAUGAUUGGUAAUGCUACAACCAAUUUUUCUGACAUUAUUGUUAUUGGUGAAAGAAUUGAAUAUGGGAUAAAACAUGGGAGGUUAAUAGAGACUUCAGCUGAGUAUGGUGGAUUAAAGAAAGGAGCAACACCUAAGAAGAAAGAAGGUGAGGUUCAUGCAAUUGGUUUUCCUAAUUUAGGGAACCACAAAUCAACUUUUGGCCAAAGAAAACAUGACCAAAGUUUUCCUUCAUAUAUAAGCAAUGUUACUCAUAUCCCUUAUAACAACUAUGUACCAACCCACUCUCCCUCUGGAGCCCCAAAACUUGUAAAUUCAAACUUUUCUCGACCGUUUGUACAAGGUCAGGGUAGCAAGACCAACUCAGAAACAUUUCGAUUUGACCCAAUUCCUAUGACAUAUACAGAGCUUUUACCUCAGCUAGUUCAUAAUCGACAGUUAGCUCCUAUCCCAAUAAAUCCUAUACAACCUCCUUAUCCAAAAUGGUAUGAUCCAAAUGCUCGAUGUGAUUAUCAUGCCGGAGGAGUGGGACACUCAACUGAAAAUUGUUUAGCUUUGAAAAGGAAGUUUAACAUUGGGGCAAGGAGGAAAAGUGAGAAAAGAAAUGUGAAUGAACAUGACAAAGAGCAGGAUGUAGAGAUGUCUGUCACAGCAAAAGAUAUAGAAUGCAAAAAACCUGUUACAGAUGAGGCAGCAAACGAAUUCUUGAAAAUAGUAAAACAAAGUGAGUAUAAAGAGCAAAUGCAUAAUACUCCAGCUCGAAUUUCUUUAUUAUCUUUGUUUUUAAAUUCAGAGCCUCAUCGCAAAGUGCUAUUAGAUAUUUUGAAUAAGGCACAUGUUGGACAUGACAUUUCAGUGGAAAAGUUCAGCGGAAUUAUUGGAAGCAUUACGUCUUCAAAUUCUAUAGUCUUCACGGAUGAUGAAAUUCCCCCUGAAGGUUUAGGCCAUAUAAAAGCACUGCAUAUUCAAGUGAAGUACAAGGAUUAUGUUAUAGCAAGAGUUUUAGUGGAUAACGGUUCAGCUCUUAAUAUAAUGCCUAAAUCUACACUAUUAAAGCUCCCAGUGGACAUGUCAUACAUCAAAUCAAGUACUAUGGUAGUGAGAGCUUUUGAUGGAUCACGAAGAGAAGUAAUUGGUGAUAUUGAAUUACCAAUCAAAAUUGGCCCAUGUACUUUCAAUAUAGUCUUUCAAGUAAUGGAGAUAACACCUACUUACAGCUUUUUGUUAGGUCGUCCUUGGAUUCACUCUGCAGGAGUGGUGCCAUCUACAUUGCAUCAAAAAUUGAAAUUUAUUGUUGGGAGUAAGAUGAUUUGUUUAAUGGGAGAGGAAGAUUUUCUGAUAACAAAACCGAUAUCAACCCCAUAUGUGGAGGCAACAGAAGAAGCUUUAGAGUGUUCUUUUCGCUCUUUUGAAAUUGCUCAUGCAACUAUGAUGGAAGCAACUGCAGGUGAAGUAAUAAAGUCACACAUGCCUAAAGUUACGACAAAAAGGAUGAUGAGAAGUGGAGGAUAUGGUUUGAAUCAAAGCUUGGAAACACUUCUAAAUACACCAAGCAAUGAAGGGAGAUUUGGUUUGGGUUAUAUGCCAAACGUAUAUGAUAAAAUUAGGCUUCAAAAAGAAAAGAAGAAAAGGUGUUUGGAAAAGCAAGGGAUGAUGGUGUUUGAUCCAAGUCUAAAAUUUAUACCAGCAUUAUAUGAUACUUUCAAGAGUGCUGGUAUAAGUUACUCAUCACGUGACUCUGAUUCAAAACAUUGUUUGUUAACAAAGAUGGAGAGUUUAUCAAUUGCAGCAGUGGCACAAGAAGCAUCAUUUGAAGAUGAAACAGUUUAUGCAUGUCCACCUAAUUUUGAGCUUAACAAUUGGGAUGUUUUUCUUUCUUGCAUCUUGCAAAUUAAACACAAAAGUCCAAACUUUUUCAUAGACAACAUUCAUAAGAACGAAGAUGUUAGUAAUUCCAGUUCUACCCUUGAUACCUUAAUAUACACUAUGGAAUCUGACAAAGAGAGUGACGAUGAAAAUGCUGGGAGAAUAUCCUCAGAACUGUUAAGAUUAGUAGAAGAAGAAGAUAAGGUCUUAGGUCCUCACCAAGAGCUAGUUGAAGUAAUCAAUUUGGGUUCUCAGGAGGAAUCAAAAGAGGUAAAAAUUGGCACAUCAAUGACCAGUGAAACUCGAAAAAAAAUAAUCAAUUUGUUACGUGAGUACUCAGAUAUUUUUGCUUGGAGUUAUCAGGAUAUGCCGGGGUUAAAUACGGAUAUUGUAGUACAUCGUGUUCCUUUGAAGCCAGAAUGCAAUCCAGUAAGACAAAAGCUACGUAAAAUGAAGCCUGAUAUAUUGAUUAAAAUGAAAGAGGAAGUACAAAAACAAAUUGAAGCAGGAUUCCUCAUAGUCUCCAAAUAUCCUGAAUGGGUGGCAAAUAUUGUUCCAGUACCUAAAAAAGACGGAAAAGUGAGAAUGUGUGUGGACUAUAGAGAUUUAAAUCGAGCUAGUCCAAAAGAUAACUUCCCUUUACCUCACAUCGACAUGUUGGUGGAUAACACUGCAGGAUAUUCAACUUUCUCCUUCAUGGAUGGUUUCUCAGGAUAUAAUCAAAUCAAAAUGGCUGAAGAAGAUAGAGAAAAAACAACAUUCAUUACCCUUUGGGGAACAUUUUGCUACAAAGUAAUGCCUUUUGGUUUGAAAAAUGCCGGGGCAACAUAUCAGCGAGCAAUGGUUACACUUUUUCAUGAUAUGAUGCAUAAGGAAAUAGAGGUGUAUGUUGAUGAUAUGAUUGCAAAAUCCAAGGCAAAUGAAGAUCAUACAACUAUACUUCAAAAAUUAUUCGAUCGGUUGAGAAAGUAUCAAUUGAAAUUAAAUCCAUCCAAAUGUACAUUUGGGGCAACCUCGGGAAAACUGUUGGGAUUCAUUGUCAGUGAAGAAGGGAUCAAAGUAGACCCAGAUAAAGUGAAGGCUAUCAUGGACAUGCCAUCCCCUGAAACGGAAAAAGAAGUUCGAGCCUUUCUUGGAAGACUGAAUUACAUAUCCAGAUUUAUCUCACAUUUGACCCCAACUUGCGAACCAAUCUUCAAGCUUUUACGUAAAAAUAAUCCAGGAAAAUGGAAUGAGGAUUGUGAAGAAGCUUUCAACAAAAUUAAGCAAUAUCUACAAAGCCCACCUGUAUUGAUACCUCCAGCUCCAGGACGGCCGUUAAUCCUAUACUUGACGGUUUUAGAAGGUUCUAUGGGUGGUGUUCUAGGACAACAUGACUUAUCAGGAAAGAAAGAGCAUGCUAUUUAUUAUUUAAGCAAAAAAUUCACCGAUUAUGAGUCGAAAUACUCAAUGUUAGAGCGAACUUGUUGUGCUUUGGUAUGGACCGCUCACCGUUUGAGGCAAUAUAUGUUAUAUCCGACAUGGCUUAUUUCAAAAAUGGAUCCAAUAAAAUACAUUUUUGAGAAACCGUCAUUAUCUGGUAGAAUUGCAAAGUGGCAAGUUUUGUUGUCAGAGUAUGAUAUUGUUUAUGUUACUAAAAAAGCAAUAAAGGGAAGUGCGCUUGCUGAUCAUUUAGCUGCCCAACCAGUAGCAGAUUACGAGCCAAUGAGCGUUGAUUUUCCUGAUGAAAACAUAUUUUUAGUUGAAAAUGAUGCUACGGAUCAUGAGACUUGGAUUAUGCUUUUUGAUGGUGCCUCAAAUGAGUUGGGACAUGGGAUUGGAGUUGUACUAAUUUCCCCAAAAGGAAAGGUAUUUCCCCUAACAGCUAAGUUAUGUUUUGAAUGCACUCACAAUAUCGCUGAAUAUGAAGCUUGUAUUAUGGGACUUCAAGCAGCAAUCGACAUGAGUGUUAAAAAGUUGAAAGUUUUGGGUGACUCAAUGCUAGUAAUACAUCAAGUCAAGGAAGAAUGGGAAACAAGAGAUGCUAAAUGUCCUUAUAGCCAAUACAUUGCAAAAUUAUCUCAAAAUUUUGAGAAAAUUUCAUUUGACCAUGUUCAUAGGGAAGACAAUCGAAUGGCAGAUGCAUUAGCCACCCUGGCAGUCAUGUUUAAUCUUAAUCUUGAGUAUGAGCUUUAUCCAAUCCAAAUUACGAAAAGAGAUGCGCCGGCAUAUUGCAUGAAUAUUGAAAAUGACAACAAGCCAUGGUAUUUUGAUAUCAAGCAAUACAUAAAGUGUAGAGAAUAUCCAUAUGGAGCUUCAAAGAAUGAACGCACAAUAAGAAGGUUGGCCAUGAACUUUUUCUUAAGUGGUGAAGUUCUUUAUAAAAGAAACCAUGAUAUGGUACUCCUUCGGUGUGUUGAUGUGGAAGAAGCAAAACAAAUUAUGAUAGAAAUUCAUGAAGGAAUAUGUGGAACACAUGCUAACGGACAUACUAUGGCCAGACAAAUACUUAGAUCUGGUUAUUAUUGGACAACGAUGGAAUCAGACUGCAUAAAAUAUGCAAGAGAAUGUAAAAAGUGUCAAAUUUAUAUGGAUAGGAUUCAUGCAGCAGCAUCUCCAUUGCAUGUCUUGUCAGCACCAUGGCCAUUUUCUUUGUGGGGAAUUGAUGUUAUUGGACCCAUUGAUCCUAAAGCCUCAAAUGGUCAUCGUUUUAUUCUUGUAGCCAUUGAUUACUUCACUAAAUGGAUAGAGGCGGCAUCUUACUGCAAUGUUACAAGAGGAGUGGUACUCAAGUUUAUCAAAAAAGAGUUGAUCUGUCGUUAUGGUCUACCAGAGGGUAUUAUUACAGAUAAUGCCAAGAACCUUAAUAACAAAAUGAUGGACGAACUUUGUGAGAAAUUCAAGAUCAAUCACAGAAAUUCGACUCCAUAUCGCCCCAAGAUGAAUGGGGCAGUUGCAGCCAACAAAAAUAUUAAAAGAAUCAUUGAGAAGAUGACAACAACAUACAAAGAUUGGCAUGAAAUACUACCGUUUGCAUUGCAUGGAUAUCGCACAUCAGUUCGUACUUCAACAGGGGCAACACCAUUUUCUUUGGUUUAUGGUAUGGAAGCUGUCCUACCUUUAGAAGUUGAGAUACCUUCAUUGAGAGUUCUCAUGGAAGCUAAGUUAGAUGAAGCUGAAUGGAUAAGAGGUCGUUAUGAGCAGUUGAAUUUCAUUGAAGAAAAACGUUUGACAGCAUUAAGUCAUGGACAACUUUACCAAAAAAGACUAAUGCGAGCAUACAAUAAAAAGGUACACCCUCGAAGUUUUCGAGAAGGAGAUUUAGUGUUAAAAAGGAUACUUCCAUUUCUAAAGGACCAUCGAGGAAAAUGGACUCCUAAUUAUGAAGGUCCGUUCGUGGUAAAAAAGGCAUUUUCAGGAGGAGCUUUACUUUUAACCAAUAUGGAUGGUGUUGAGUUAAAAAAUCCGGUGAAUUCAGAUUAUGUUCGAAGAUACUAUGCGUGA